GGUAUCACUCUUUUGAGAUAAUUGGAUAAACCAACACAUGCAUUGAAUAUACUCAGCUAUGCUUAUUUCUCUUUUAGAGGGCUUAAAGAACAAUUUUAGUCUCACAGGAUUCUGUCAGAUCUUCUUUGUCAACCUCCCAGCCAAAGGUAGUCGUCUGCUACUUUCCAGGCAUUCUGUUUGAGACUAUCUACCAGUAGGACACAUCAUACCUUAUAUUAAGCCCACUCUAUUACUCAGUCAACUGCUGUUAUUAAAAUAGUUUCUAUUAAAUUUAACCAAUAUGUGACUCCUAGUUUAGGGCAUGAUCUAUUAGGCUAUCUGGAAUCACAUGUAGUUAAUUAAAUCUGUCAAAUAUUUGCAAAAUGAUAACAUAUUAAAUAUUUGUCCUCUCUUUUAUUUCUAACUAUCAAAGCAGUGAAUCUUAUUCAAGUUUCUUUUAUUAUUUGUAGGACACCCAAAUAAAAAUGAGCAGUAUUUAUUGAGAAUCUACUCUGGUAAAAUUGGUGUAAUGGAAAAUGGAGUAAUUAAAAGGAUGGAUAAAAUAGUAUGGCCAUAUUCAAGGAACUUAAAAUACAUUCAGUAAUGUAUCUUAUCCCUACUCUGUUAUUUAAAAUAAUAUAUUUUUAAGCGGGACAAGAAAGUUUAGGUGAUGACUCAAGCCCAGUAGGGUCUCUGGUACCCUUAGGUUACACCGAAAUCUAAUGCAUAUAUACAGAUAUUGUGUGGUUUAAAGAGCUGCUUACUACACUGGGAUUAAUAUUAAAAAAAAAAAAAAAAACUGCCUACAAAUUUCUAAGCUACUUUCUGUUCGUAAAGAAUCAGCCAUCUUCUUUCCCCAAGGCCAACUUUUCAGCUUUCAUAGAAGAUGCUAUUACCAUUGUGAGUUUUGAAUUAAAUAGUGUAUUUCUUCUGAAGAGUUUAACCACUCUAGAUAGUAAUUCUAGCCACCUUUGUAAUAAAAGUACCACAUAUGUAGGCAGAAUCAUGUAACAGUUAUGAUUACUUGGGAGAACACCAGAAGAAGAACAUCAUAAUGCUUAUAUUUCAAGUAGCAAAAUUGAGGAAUUUUGAUGUUUAUUAUAAGAAGAUACAUUCAUGUAGGAGAUUAUAUUCAUUGUGGUUUCGUUAACUUCACAUUUUAAAGUUUUGUGCGAAUUGUCUUUCGUAUAAAUAUGUCCUUCGCCAAGGCUUGAAUUAGUACGUGUAAAACAAUAUUCAGAUUGAAAUUCAGUGUACUCUCUCCAGAAAAAUCAGUACCUCAAUUUAGUCACUAAAUUAAUUCAUGCAGUGCUGAGCAGUAUACUAAUGAUACAAAAACGAGAGAGAGAAAGUUCACUGUUUCGUAAGAGACUCAGGGAGGUAAAAUAACCACACGAAAAACGUUUCAGUUAGCGCUGUAAGAUACAUGAAAGCUGUACCAGUGUCUCCACUCUUGCCUGCAGUGGUCAGGGAACACAUCUCAGAGAAAGAAACAGAAGGUGUAGGAUGACCGUGGAUUUGCCAGGGAGGAUGGACACCAAGUCAUGUGUGCGCAGCAAGCAUGACUCGAGAACAAUACAUACUAGCAACACAACAAAACAACCUGCCAAGGGCUGAGAAUGCACAACUUUACCCAGUGGGGAUUUAUGGAUGGCGAAAGAGGUGCUUAUACUUCUUUGUCCUUCUGCUGUUGGUUACCAUGAUAGUUAACUUAGCCAUGACAAUAUGGAUAUUGAAAGUGAUGAAUUUCACCGUGGAUAGUCCACUGGUCUUACAGUCUGACAGGAAUGUAACAGUGAAUGCGAGAAAUCACAUGGGGCAGUUAACUGGACAGCUGACAGUAGGAGCUGACGCUGUGGAAGCUCAGUGUAAGAGAUUUGAAGUGAGAGCGAGUGAAGACGGCAGGGUGCUGUUCUCUGCAGAUGAAGACGAGAUUACCAUUGGGGCUGAAAAGCUGAAAGUUACAGGUACCGAAGGAGCAGUAUUCGGGCACUCUGUUGAGACACCUCACAUCAGAGCAGAACCUUCCCAAGACCUCAGGCUUGAAUCACCCACCAGGUCCUUGAUCAUGGAGGCUCCUCGAGGGGUCCAGGUCAGCGCUGCUGCUGGAGACUUCAAGGCCACCUGCAGGAAGGAUCUCCAUCUGCAAUCUACAGAGGGGGAGAUCUUUUUGAACGCAGAGAAAAUCCGGCUGGGGAAUCUACCGACCGGCUCUUUCUCAUCGUCUUCACCCAGCUCCUCAAAUUCUCGGCAGGCAGUGUACGAACUGUGUGUCUGCCCCAAUGGCAAACUUUACCUUUCUCCAGCGGGACUAGGUUCCACUUGUCAGUCCAGUAGCAGCAUCUGCUUGUGGAGCUGAAGUGACUGAUUUCUCCUCACACCAGAAUAGCCUUUUGUUCCCGUCCGUCUGCUUCACAGUUCUGCUCGGUUUCCCUUGUGAUCAGUCCAGAGCUACUUCGAAUGGUCCACAGAGCAACUUGUUCCCAUGCAAGCAGGGAUUCGCUGCCACCUUCUCUUGUGAUUUACUGUACUGCUCAACGCAGAGAGUGUGGGUGACAGAACAGUGGAAAAAAAUCACCUUCCGCGGGAAAACUGGAUCAUAACUUUUGCUCAAAAGGGAGAAAAACAUAGGUGCCUUUGCUACGUGAAGUGAAGCACACAGUUUUAGAUUUUUGCAGGACCUGGAUAUGAACUGCACACAUACGCAUUACAUAGAUGAAAUUCUCAGUAUCCAAUGGCAAGAUGAGAUGGUUGACCCUGUCAGAAAACUAAUUCGACAGUCUGAAAGCACAAUUUUCCAAUCAUCUUUUUGGAUGUAAACUUUUAUCCCCGAAUUUUAAAAUUUUGAAGCAUUAUAUAAUGCUUGCUUUACUAAAAAUUAAAUUCGAUACAUGAUUUUUAACAAAACGAAACAAAACAAGACAGAACCCCACCUUGAGUUUUAUUUGUUUCUUUGAAUUCAGUGUGUUGUUACUCUUUGUCUACUAAGUCUAGAAUUUUGUACAUUAGGUAAUUUUGAAAGCACUCAGCAAUAUAAUCUUUACAGAAUUAACAAAAUGCCAUUAUACUGUCAUUUGUCAGAUCUGAAUGGCCUUAUAUAGUAUUUACUUGGCUUUUGCAUGUGACGUAUUUGCUUUUAACAAAACAUCUAAUUUAUUCCGAUAUAAGAUAGGAUUAAGAGAGAUCUACUGAUGGUAUGGAAUCCAUAGAUUUUUAUUUUUUUUAAUUCAUCUGCUAUCUUUUACACUAGGUUCUCAUAGUACAACUCUUUGUUUUCUCCACUCACUUUAAAUUUGACUCUGACUGCUAAAAUUCAACCAUAUCCUCUAAAUAAAUUAAUACUAAUGUGAUGCAUUAUGCCGAGAAUGGGUUCACUUUCCAUUGGAAUAUAACCUUCAGAAUUAUAUCUAUGUAUUCUUUUUUAUUGGAGAUUAAGAUUUAAGGAUGGUCGAAAGUAAAUUAUAACUCCCUGCUUAAACAGUAAAAACUAUAAAUGUUAACAAACAUGUUGAAAAUGUGUUUACUCCAUUACAUUCCUAUUUUAAGGAAUUCGGUUGUGUUUCCUUUCAGCUCUUAACAUUUGGUUACCUUUAUUAGACUGUUAAACUACCCUGGCGUCAGAAAUCCUAGCUCCUUCCAUUCUCCACUGCUUAUUUUUGUAAACUAGCACGAAUAAAUAACUCCAGAAUAAUGCA